CUCACUCCCCCUCCUCCUUCCUUUCUCCUACUCCCUGCAGUCCUAGAGUGCAGUUUGGCAGCUCACAUACGGACACGAGGAUGCUUCUCCUGCUCUCUCUUGCUCCCCUUCUCCUGUCAGCUACAGAAUCCUUGAUGAUCCCUUCUAAUCUGGACAGCGGUAUAUGUCCCCUGGGGCAAUUCCCCUGCGGCAAUCUGUCUGUCUGUUUGCCUCAGCUUCUCCACUGUAAUGGGCAUAAGGACUGUGCCAAUGGUGCUGAUGAAGAAAACUGUGUGGAUAACAGUGGAUGGCCCAAGCUGUUUGACACAAUACAGAGUGCCAGAGGCAACAGAAAAAUGCAGGAUGAAGAGACACAUGAAUGUAUGCUGGAUAUAUAUCCCGAGCCAUGUGAGUGCUGGAGGCGCAUGGUGAAUUGCUCUAGCCAGGGCUUGCAUUCUGUCCCUCCUGUGUCUUCCAAUGUGACAGCUCUGAAUCUAAAGGACAACAAAAUCAAAACCCUGCAUGAUGGUAUCUUCAGCCGUUACCAGGACCUGGAAAAGCUGCUUCUUCAGAACAACGAACUCCAUGACAUCUCUCGCCUGGCUUUCUCAGGGCUUUUCAAGCUCAAGAUGCUGUUCCUCAGUCAGAAUCGGAUUAGGUCCCUGAAGGCUGGAGUAUUCAAGGACCUUAGAUCCCUGGAAUGGCUUAUUUUAGAUAAUAACCAAGUGUCCAAGAUUGUUCCUGGGACCUUCUCUGGCCUGGAAUCCCUGUACUUCCUGGACAUGCUAAACAAUUCCAUCAGAGAAAUCCCAAGGAAUUCCAUUUGUGAGGAAAUGCCCCAUCUCAACUGGCUGGAUCUGGAGGGAAAUCAGAUGCAGACAAUCCACAGCUCGGUGUUUCAGGAAUGCAUCACGGUGCUGAGUCUACGCAGAAAUAAUAUACGGAAAAUCAGAAAGGGCGCCCUAUCCCAGAUGAACAAGUUGGUGGACCUAGACCUGUCAAUGAACCAGAUUGUGGAGCUGUCACCCUCCUUGUUCACUAACCUGCGGGACCUCCAGCAAUUGAACAUCUCCUUUAACCCUUUGCAACACAUCCAGCCAAAUCAGUUUGACCUACUCUCUAACCUACAGUCCUUAAACAUGGAGGAUAUAGAGAUUCCCAACAUUCAUAAUCGUAUGUUCUCCAGCCUUGUCAAUCUAUCUCACAUCUAUUUUAAGAAGUUCCAGUACUGCAGUUAUGCUCCUCAUGUGCGCAGCUGUAAGCCCAACAGUGACGGCAUCUCUUCCUUUGAGAACCUCCUGGCCAACAUCUUGCUCCGUGUCUUUGUGUGGGUGAUGGCCUGUGUCACCUGUUUUGGGAACCUCUUUGUCAUUUGCAUGCGGUCUUUCAUUGUCACAGAGAACUGCCAGCAUACAAUGUCCAUCAAGUCCCUGUGCUGUGCAGACUGCCUUAUGGGAUUUUACCUUUUCUGCCUGGGAGCCUUUGAUAUAAAGUUCCAGGGAGAGUAUAACAAACAUGCCCAGGCCUGGAUGGAGAGCUGGGAGUGUAAGCUGGUGGGCUCCUUGGCAAUGCUAUCCUCAGAGGUAUCAGUCAUGAUGCUCACUUACAUGACUCUGGAAAAGUACCUAUGCAUCGUCUUUCCAUUCAGCCACUUUCGGGCAGGACGUGGGCAGACCUUAUGCACUUUGACUGCCAUUUGGGGGCUUGGUUUCUUCAUCACGGUCAUCCCCUUUUUUAGUUAUGAUACCUUUGGAAACUUCUACGGCCGGAAUGGGGUUUGCUUUCCACUGCAGUCAGACAGCACCGAGAAAUACGGAGCCCGGGGAUAUUCCGUGAGCAUAUUCCUUGGACUGAACUUACUGGCUUUCGUCACCAUCGUCUUCUCCUACAGCAGCAUGUUCUACUCCAUUCAUAAGACUGGAGCCAAAACAGCAGAACGCAGCGUCCUGUCACGAGAGGUCACCAUUGCCAAGAGGUUCUUCUUCAUAGUUUUCACCGAUGCUCUCUGCUGGAUCCCUAUCUUCUUACUAAAAGCAGUUUCUCUCACGGAAGCAGAGAUUCCAGGCACCAUCACUUCAUGGAUUGUGAUCUUCAUCCUGCCUAUUAACAGUGCUCUGAACCCCAUAUUGUACACACUCACCACCUCCUCUUUCCAGGAGAAGCUAAAACAGUGUCUACAGAGCAAAAGGCAAGAGUCCAGCAAGAGCUUUACACUGGUAUCAAUACAAAUGAACACAGUCUGACACACCCUAAGUUCUCGCAUAGGAACUCGCACACCCUCUGGCAGGAGUACUGAAAUGGUACCAUUCCACUCACACAGCGACCGGGCUUUUCAUAAAGGCGUGGUUAUCCAACCAGGAGUUGCAGGACGAUGAGACAGCACCAUAAAAGCAAUGUUCCACCCCCACCAUGGAUGCUGCUGAUAGUGGGGUGCCACAAUUCUAACACACAAACCUUAACGUGAACCCUGAAACACAAGGUGCUGACAGUAAAUGGCCCAUUUGAAAAAGUAAUUUUAAACAAUGGCCACCAAGGUGUUCCACGGGGAUAGCAAGGAGACAGUCCUCUCAGGAAGCAACAGGCAGCAAUGUCUGCAGUGUAUAUGGUGUCCGACAAGGGAAGGAAGCUGGGUGGUGUUACAUACCAGCACAAUUAAAGAACUGCCAAGCAGCCCAGACCAAUGUACUGAAUAUACAGCAUUGCUGGACACCAUGGCAGGAGAAUAUUGGAGCAAUUUGUACGAUGGACCUGUUUGUGUAUAUAUAUUUAUAAAUUCUUUGUGAUAAGGCAAUAAUUAGACAAUACCUCUCACAAGGCAUUUAGUGUGCUGCCCGCUCGGAGCACGAGGGUGUUGGAAAUGGCCUCUCUGGAUACACUGCCAUGGAAAAGAAACUGCCAAGAAUCUGCUGUGAAAACAAAAGCACCUGUAUCUGUAACCAUUAACAGUACACACACAGUACGCACAAUAUGGCAAUGAUAUGCAGCAGAAGCCAAAAACCCAGUAAGCACAAUCUGUGCUCUGGUCAGUCAAUUGACAUUUAAAGCUUCUCAGCUAUACUGAUUGGUUAAUACUGGUGCAGGAAGACUGUUAUAGGGUUCUGGGGGGGGACUUAGGGAAGGGCAGCAGGAUGGACAUUACUGAUGUUUAUAUAAUAUAUUUCUUUGGUACUUUCCACAACUGUAACUUUUUUUGUUGUUAAUUGCAAAGCCCUUUUUAGAUGCACUUCCUGUCCUGCCUUAAAAUGUAAACCCUCAAAACAAAUGAAUGUGAAGCUGAUCCACUUUUGCAAUUACCUUUGUAUUUUUUUUUCUCUCCUUUUGAAGAUAUAAGCGGUUUGUAAAGGGGUAAAGCAAUGACAGUGAAACAACAGCACCACCUGCUGGUCAGUUCUGCCAACAGACCUGACAGUCGGGAGAAACUUUCAGAAGAAGAAAAGUAAAGUCUUCUAAUAUUGCUCUGCUUAGAAAAGAUCAAGGACACUUGAGAUGAUUCUUCUCUUUUCAAAGCAGAUCAUCAGACUCUCCCAAUUGUGAGGCCAGUCAGUAGCCGGCACUGAUUUAAUUUUAUUAAGAUGAUUAUGAUCUUUCAAACUCAUCUGAAUUUUACUGCAGAUAAAGUUGUUAUAGAAUCCGUGGCGGUAAUAAAAAUCAGGGGAGUAACCUGCAUUCCCCAGGGCCCCCUUUAAAAUAUAAUAUCUGCCCUCCACCCAUAUGCUUAGAAACCUAUUGGUUCAAGCUUUGAGAAAAGAAACUUGCACUUUUUAGAACAUCACCGGGCCCUCUUCCCCAACAUUGACUGAGGGGUUUGCUUCCCCUAAUACAGUAAGUGUAGUAUAUUUACAGUAUAAUAAAUAUAUUGUAGUUUUUUUUAGCAGAUGAAAAA